GCCCCGUGGCCGACCGUAAAAUAAAAUGCCGUCUUCCACUGUUGCUCAAGUUUGGUAGUGCAUCCCCUUUCGUCUUUGAAAGUUUAUUGAGUUAUUGAAUUAAGUUUCUUUGUUUAUCAAAGAUGGUGUGGGGUGUCUUUCCAGUUGAUCCUCUCUCAGGCGAAGAUAAAUACUACAUAUUCAGCAGGGGGAGUUACAAAGUGGGUCGCAAAGGAUGUGAUGUAAUUAUCAAUAAAGACAAAGGAGUUUCUCGAAUCCAUGCGGAGAUAUUUGUUGAUGAAAUGAUUUCCUUAUAUCCCCUGCAAAGAAGUUCUUCUAACAUAAACUCCAAUGUUCGGAUUCGAGAUUGCUCUAAGUAUGGAACAUUUAUUAACAAGAAUGGUGGGUCGAAGGAAAAACUUCAUGAAUUUCCGGAUAAAGAAACAACUCUCAAAGAUGGUGACUUAAUUUCAUUUGGAACUGGUAGUGCAACCUACAGGUUUUCUUAUGUUCCGCUCCAACUUUUUGUCUACUGCUCUGAACUUAUCCAAGUAAAUGCUUCCAUUCAAGAAAAAGUUUCAUCAAUAGGUGCUUAUCUUACCAGUAAUUUCUGUCUGGAGUGCACACAUGUUCUUGUUCAUAAUCAGAUGCCUUUAACAAAAGAUCUCAUUGAUGCUAUUUUGGCUAAAAAACCUCUUGUUACUGAUGGUUGGCUUGAGUCUGUUGCAGAGAAAAGCAUUUGCACUGAAUUUCCUAGCUGCAAUUUUUCUAUUAUGACAUUGAUGGUAGAGGGAGUGCCAUUUGAACUUGCAAACUCAGAAACUCGUAAGAACUGUUUGGAAGCAUAUACUUUUCUGUUGGAAUCGAUAGACGAGUAUAAAUAUGGGUAUCGAUUGCAGUCACUGUUGGAAUUGGGCGGCGCAAAGACUCUCUCCAUUGAAAGAUUUUGUUCAGGCAGCCAAGACUUGGAGUAUGGAGACCUUAAUUGUGUGGUAUUUAUCAUCCCAAGAAGAUCCAAAGAUGAUUCUAAUUGCUUCAAUAAGCUCAGUUCACUACCUAGAGUGGAUGAAAUGGAUUUGAUAUGUGCUGUUUUAUCUGGACGUCUGGAUCCAUCUAUUUUGAAAACACCAUCUGUGCUUAUUUCAUCUUCAUGCUCCACGGACGAGACAGUGGUUGCGGACUCUGAUGUUGAAGCACAGACAUCUUCAUUGGUUAAUGCAACAUCUGCUGCCACGACUGAGGAAGCCCCCAAAUAUCUGAGAAAAGAUGAAAUAUUUGUCAAUUAUGCAAACAAUAGUAUGACAGGAAGCAGAGAGAAGGCUAACGAGGCUAAUGUUGUAGCCCUUACUGAGGAAGCCCCCAAAUAUCUGACAAAAGAGGAAAUAUCUAUCAAUCAUGCAAACAGUAGUGUGGCAGAAAGCAGAGAGAAGGUGGACGAGGCUGAUACUCAAGUCCUUGCUAAAGAACCCCCCAAAUAUCUGAGAAAAGAGGAAAUAUCAAUCAAUCAUGCAAACAAUAGUAUGACACGAUGCAGAGAGAAAGCUGAUGAGUCAGAAUGUGAACAUUCAGUUGUUAUUUACAGCCAAGAUUUAGUUGUCCGAGAUUUGAAUUUAAGUGCAACUUUUAGCUCUACAGCAACUAAUGGAGUCAUAAAUUUCAAAUGCUUCAGAAAGAUAAAUACUCAGUCGGGGAAUAGCUUCAGCAGUCUUAUUCCAUUUUCAAAAUACCCAUAUAAAGAUAUGGACUUUGGUACUGCAGAAAUGGUCGAGUCUGUUAAAGAAGAGAAAAAGAGAAAGCAAGCAGAAGCUAUUGCAGAAGACUUAUUUAACAAUGAAAAGGGGAGAAAACGUGGAGUAGCUGGUUCCCUUCAUGGACUUCUUACUCGAUGAGAAGGCUUUGGCUAUACUUGGAGGAAGUUGGUGGAACUUGUGUUUUUGUUAGCGUGUUGAGAUGCAUCAGUUCUGGAACAGCUAU